UCCCCAUCCGGCGCUGGUUCGCCCCCCCUUCCUUCCAUCGACGACGACAAUGCCCCCGAAGCAAAAGGCCGCCGCCGCGAAGAAGGCUCAGCCUCCUCCUACUCCUUCCGCUCCUGCUGCUGCUCCUGCUGCUCCUGCCUCCAAUGGCAACACCGCCGCCCACGUGAUUGCCAUUGUGCGGGCCACCGCCCUCAUGGCUUUGGCCGCCGCCGCCUCGACCGUCUCGCAGCUCACUCUCUCGCCCGUCUAUGGCGGCAUUCCCGCCUCGAUAUGGCACAAGAAGGUCGUCAUCUUCAUCGUCAUGGCCGCCGUCAUCAACAAGGACCCCAUCCGCCGCUACAUGCCCGGCACCAAGGCUCUGAUCCCGCUGCUAGCCUUUUACGCGCCGCCAAUUCAAAGCACCUUGUUCCAAUAUAGCGACAAGCUGGGCCCCGAUUACGGUCCCGUCGUCACCGAGGCAUUGACCGUAUACCCCUUCCUCUUCCUGUCCCUCAUUGCCGCCAUUGGCCUCGUCGAGACGCUAAACUUCAGCCCCGCGCUCCGCAGGGGUGUUCCGGGCAUGGCGGCGUACGCGACGUUUGCCGCGUUUGAGAAGCUCACCGAGGAGCACCUCCCCGCGCUCAUGGGCAGCAACGACUUCUUCACGCGCUCCGGCCUGUCCCUGGUCGUGGCCGCGGGGUCGGCCAUAGUGUCGCCGUCGUGGCUGCUCGCGCUCGCACUGCCCGCCGCCUUCCACACGCUGCGCCUGAACCCACACUCGCCCUUCGACGCGACAACGGAGGUGCUGAAGCAGAAGCUGCAGGCGCAGCAGUACACGCUGCUGGACCGGGUCGAGUCGCUGAGCGGGUACGUGUCUGUGCUGGAGAGCGGAGAGAACCAAUUCCGGCUGCUGCGAUGCGACCACAGCCUGCUGGGCGGCGAGUGGCUGGUGACGCCGGAGCGGCAGCGCAUGGGGCAGACGCAGCGCGAGACGAUCUACACGGUGUUUACGAUGCUGGAGGCGGUGCGGCUGGUGCAGACGGCGGCGAGCGAGACGCCCGACGCGCAGAAGAGCGCGCUCAACAUCGGUCUCGGCAUCGGGACGUGUCCGACGGCGCUGAUCGCCCACGGCAUCAACACGACGAUAGUCGAGCUGGACCCGGCCGUCCACGCCAUGGCGACCAAGCACUUUGCCCUGCCGCAGAACCACACGGCCGUGCUCUCGGACGCGGUGCCCUUUGUUGCGGACGCGGCCGCCAGCCAGCCCGCCUCGUACGACUACAUUGUGCACGACGUAUUCACGGGGGGCGCGGAGCCAGCCGCGCUGUUCACGCUCGACUUCCUCAACGGCCUAAAGACGCUGCUACGGCCCGACGGCGUCAUCGCGCUCAACUACGCCGGCGACCUGCGCCUGCCCACAACGCGCAUGGUGCUGAACACGAUCCACGCGGUAUUCCCCUCCUGCCGCAUCUUCCGGGACCAGCUACCAGACAAAACCUCGACGACGCCCGCCGACUCCGACGACCCCAAUGCCGAGCCCGCAAUGGACUUCCUGAACAUGGUGCUGUUCUGCCGGCCCGUGGCGGAGCCCAUCGAAUUCCGCAAGCCCGGCCGCGCCGACUGGCUCGGCAGUAUUGUGCGCAAGCGCACGCUGCUGCCCGGCAAGGAGCUCGAGGUGGCGUUUUCGCCUGACGAGGGCGCGCAGCUGCUGACGGGUGAGACGGUCGAGGUGCUUGAAAAAGGCCAUAAGGCUAGUGCGGUUAGCCAUUGGCGGAUUAUGCGCACGGUGCUGCCGGAUGCUGUGUGGCAGCUUUGGUAGGUGGGGGAGAUGUAGACGGAGACGCGGCUGGUGCGGCUGGG